CAAACUAAAGUCUUGGUCUACUUCUCAAAUAAGCAAAACCAAAUCUCAACUCUUCGGUUUUCCACCAAAACCACAUUCCACCCAUCAAUCCUUCCAUCCAUGGCUGCCACAGUAGUCCCCGGAGCCUACCAGGCCAACACAUCGCUGGCGGUUACUGACUGGCUAAACAAAGGUGACAACGCAUGGCAGAUGAUAUCGGCGACGCUCGUUGGCCUCCAAAGCGUGCCAGGUUUGGUCAUCCUCUACGGCAGCAUAGUCAAGAAGAAAUGGGCAGUAAACUCAGCUUUCAUGGCCCUUUACGCCUUCGCGGCCGUGGUCAUCUGCUGGGUAACGUGGGCUUACAAGAUGUCUUUCGGCGAAAAACUCCUGCCCUUUUGGGGAAAAGCUGGACCGGCUUUGGGUCAGAAGUUUCUCAUCGACCAAGCAGCACUUCCGGCUACUGCUCAUUACCAUAAAAAUGGCACCCUUGAGACUGCGAUGGCAACUCCUUACUAUCCCAUGGCGUCGAUGGUGUGGUUUCAGUGUGUUUUUGCGGCCAUAACGGUGAUACUUCUUGCGGGAUCUGUUCUUGGGAGGAUGAAUAUCAAGGCUUGGAUGGCUUUCGUGCCUCUUUGGCUUACAUUUUCAUAUACUGUGGGUGCAUUUAGCCUAUGGGGAGGAGGGUUCUUGUUCCAAUGGGGUGUGAUUGAUUAUUCAGGUGGAUAUGUCAUUCAUCUUUCCUCAGGGAUUGCCGGCAUUACUGCUGCUUAUUGGGUUGGUCCAAGAUCAAAAAAUGACAGAGAGAGGUUUCCACCAAACAAUGUGCUACUAAUGUUAGCUGGGGCAGGGUUACUGUGGAUGGGAUGGGCAGGUUUCAAUGGAGGAGACCCGUAUAGUGCCAAUAUUGACUCUUCCAUGGCCGUCCUCAACACCAACAUUUGUGCUGCAACAAGCCUUCUAGUGUGGACGUGGUUAGAUGUCAUAUUCUUCAAUAAGCCCUCCGUAAUUGGAGCUGUUCAAGGCAUGAUUACUGGCCUUGUUUGUAUUACUCCUGGUGCAGGCCUUGUUCAAGGAUGGGCCGCCAUAGUGAUGGGUAUUCUCUCAGGCAGUGUUCCAUGGUUCACCAUGAUGAUUGUUCACAAAAGAUGGACUUUGCUUCAAAAAAUUGAUGACACACUGGCUGUAUUUCACACUCAUGCUGUGGCUGGCUUUCUUGGAGGCAUUCUUACUGGACUCUUUGCAGAACCUACACUUUGUUCCCUUUUUCUACCUGUUGCAAACUCUAGGGGUGGAGUGUAUAGAGGUGUUGGUGGUGUCCAAAUCUUGAAACAAAUUGUUGGUGGCGGUUUCGUCAUCGGGUGGAACAUUGUAGCCACAUCAAUCAUUUGCUUCUUGAUAAGCUUAGUUAUACCUUUACGCAUGUCUGAGGAACAACUGAAGAUUGGAGAUGAUGCAGUCCAUGGAGAAGAAGCAUAUGCUUUGUGGGGUGAUGGGGAGAAGUAUGAUAUGACAAGGCAUGGUUUCUCUUCAGAUGAUACAAUGCACGGAAAAACAUCUAGUGGUGCUACUCAAGUUGUUUGAUAGUAUAAAUACUGAGAUAGUUUAGAAUUUGAAACCUCAAAUAGUCACUUAUAUUUAUAUAUCAUUUUUAGAUUGUUAACUAGCAUUUUGUCUAUGUUAUGUCAAUGAAACUAUUCCAUCCCAUGUCAAGGCAUGUUGAUAUUUUUGCAAGUAUAGAAGAAACAUG